AUGAUGAACGAUCGAAAUGAAAUUCCCAACAAUGGCUUCAAUAAUGGAGAUGUAAGUGGAAUUCAAUUGAUUUCGUUUCAAUUAACUGGUAUUGAAAAUUACCCAAUUUGGUUCAGCCCGAAAAAUUUGCUAGGUGGUAUAAUGUAUGUUAGGAAUGCACAAUUAGUGUGCGAUGACCCAGCUGAGAGAUUAAAGGAUCUUUGGGAAGAAUUUGAGGCUUUGGUUCCUUCACCUAGUUGUGAGUGUCCUAGGUCAAGAGAUUUUGUGUUGUAUCUACAGAAACUAAAGUUGUGUCAAUUCUUGAUGGGGCUAAACCAAACCUAUUCAAAAGCUGGAAGGCAGAUUCGUCUUAGGAAUCCUUUACCCACUGUGAAUCAGCUAUGUACACUAAAAAUCAGACUGGGCAAGGAAAGGCUCAAAGAUUCAAGAAAAAACGAUAAUCUAGUAUGCGAGGUGUGCAAAAGAAAAGGGCAUAGUAAGGAGAGUUGCUAUAAGGUGGUUGGAUAUCCUUCUGAUUUCAAGUUUCAAAGAAAAGGAACAGGAAACAAUGCAGCAUACAAUGUCAAUUUGAUGCAAGAAAAUGUUGUUGGUGCUGCUAAUAACGGUCCUGUUUCACAGUUUGGUCAGUUUUCACAACAGUUUGGCAAGCAGUGUCAACCUCAGUUUAGCUAUGCUCAUAACACUAAUAUAUGCACUCAGAAUACAUACUCAAAGGUUGAGACAGAUUCUCCAACUCUUGAACAAAGGCUCAAGCACUAUACAGGGGCAACUAAUCACAUGGUGUCUGAUAUAAAACUAUUAAAUAAAGAUUCAGUAGUUAAGAUCACAAAUCCAAAGAAAGUUUGUUUGCCAAAUGGAGAUGUGACACAAGUAACUCAUCCAGGAAAAUAUUCCAUCUCUGAUAGAAACACAGUUUCUGAUGAUCUCUUCACUAGGAAGGUAAGGGAGAUUGGUAAAGAAGAAGAUGGGUUGUAUCUGCUUAUGUCACAUGCUAAUCAUAAAACACUUAAUACCUCUAUGGAUGCAAGAGCAAAUGAGAAAUUAGAUGUUUGUGUAUCUCUUAAGCAUUUCUUUAACUUUGUGCAUAAUUCAUCAGAAAACUAUGUUUAUACCCCUCAGCAAAAUGGAGUAGCUAAGAGGAAAUACAGACAUAUGUUGAAAAUUACCAGGGCUAUCAGAUUUCAAGGUAAAAUUCCAAUAAAAUUUUGGGGACAUUGUGUACUAGCUGCUAUUUAUUUGAUAAAUAGGUUGUCUAGUACAGACAUCAAUAAUAUGUCACCUUGUGAGGAACUGCAUAAUAAGAAACCAAACCUUAAUCAUCUUAAAGUAUUAGGUUAUCUAUGUUUUGCUAAAAUAGUUUAG